AUGGUGCGCAGAAUGUUUCUACCCUUUUACUCAAAGGACCGAGGACCCCCACGAAUCCGCAUGCAGGUAAUGGGCACUAAAGGAAGGCGCUUCUACAAGAUCGUGGCUGCCAAUCAGAGGGAUCCGCGAGAUGGGAAGCAUAUGGAGGUCCUAGGCAGCUACGUGCCCAUUCCCGGCUCCUCCACCUCUUCAGUCGCCGAGCUGCGCCUUCGCUUCUCGCGGGUCAAGUUUUGGUUGGCAGCAAAUGCCUCAAUGUCUUUGUCUAUUUCUCGGCUGCUCGGCAGCGCCGGCCUUAUUCCCCUCCCCCCUCCCCUCUUUGGCUGGAGGUGCAGGGGCAGGUACCAUGAGCUGCUGCAGCAGCAGCAGCAACAACAGCUGCUCAGAGAGAGCGAGCUGCGGAAUUUCUUUAAGUUGCCGAGUCCAAUCAGCACGCAACUGGUGGAGAGAGAAACUGAAAAACCCAAAAAAGAAAACGUUCGAAAAAUUGUUCGAUAA